AUGUAUUCCCAUCACUUCUCCAUAAACAACAUCCCGUUCGGGAUCGCAAGUUCUGCAUCUCAUCCUGAGAAAGCAGUAGCAACACGCCUUGAAGACACCGUAAUUUUCCUGGACGAAUUAGCCAUCUACGAUCCCUCCAUUCCAUCUUCGACAAUCGCAACAUUCUCACACGUAAGUUCCUCCAAUCUCUUUUCCAAUAAACGUCCAACUUACACUCAAAGGAAACCCUCAACCCAUUCGCCUCCCUCCCUCCCCAAAUACACUCACCUUGCGACGCGAAAAUGGAUACAAUCCCACCUCACCUCUCCCUCCCUCCUGCCACCAUCAACCGCCUCUCCCCUCAUAUCCAUAACCCUCCACCUCCCCCUCGCAAUCGGAGAUUUCACCGACUUCUCCUGCUCUCGUUCACACGUGCUCAACGCGUCUGAAGCCGUAUUUGGAAAACGCAACCUGCCUUCUGGAUUCAAGUAUUUCCCUAUAGGUUACCAUGGGCGAAGUUCUACGAUUGUUGUUUCAGGGACGGAGAUUGUGAGGCCGAAAGGGCAGUUUAGGGAUGAGGGGAAGGUGGUGUUCGGAGCGACGAGGAAGUUGGAUUAUGAGCUUGAGGUUGCCGCUGUGGUUGGGAAAGCCAGUGUGCUAGGAGAACCCGUUGGUAUUGAAGAUGCGGAUACGUAUAUUUUUGGGUGUGUUUUGGUUAAUGAUUGGAGUGCGCGCGAUAUCCAAGGUCUCGAAAUGACACCUCUAGGACCCUUGCAUGGCAAGUCAUUUGCAACCACCAUCUCUCCUUGGGUCAUCACUCUUGACGCCUUAAAGCCCUGCAAAAUUCCAGCAGCGCCUCGGAAUCCAGAAAUAGUUCUGCCUGCAUAUCUUCAAGAUCCAGAUCCGUUGCCAACGUUUGAAAUCGAGCUCAAAGCAGAGGUGCAAUCAAAAGAUGCAAAUGAGUCCACCGUAAUCUGCACAUCGAAGUUCUCGUCCUUAUAUUGGACACUGAGAGAUCUGGUGGCGCAGCAGACUGUGAAUGGGUGUUCUCUACGGACGGGAGACUUGCUCGUCACAGGCACAAUUUCGGGAGACAAAGUUGGGGAGAAUGGGUGUUUGUUAGAGAUAGUUGCAAAGGGAGGGGUGGAGGUUAAGAAUGCAAAGGGUGAAAUGGAGAGAAAGAUGUAUUUUGAUGAUGGUGACGCGGUGAGCCUGAGUGCGUAUGCUGGGAAUGGGGUGGGGUUCGGUGAUUGCAUAGGCACAAUUUUGCCUGCGAAAUGA